AUGAGGACUGGAGACCUCAUCAGCUUCAAGGAGUUAUUUGACAAACUUGUUUCACUCCAUCAGACGUCCAAUAUUGCCUUGGCCUUCUAUUCAUUCCAGCAACUCACCAAAUUGUCCUGGGAUGGAACAUCACCUAUCCAGGACCACAUUGCAAAAAUCUGGACAAUUGAUUCACACCUCUCCGGAAUGAAACUAGGAGUUGAUACCAAACUCAUGGCCUUCGCUCUUCUUCAAUCUCUCCCAUGCACUCCUAAAUUGCAAAUAUUUCAGUCAUCAGUAAUCAACAUGAUUGAAAAAAAUAAACUUACCUUUGAUGCAGUUGAGAUCCGGAUCACUGCAGAAUCCGAGGAAAAGUGGUCUGGGAAAGGUCAAAAGAAGAAGGGAAAGGAGAAACACAAGGAUAAAGGAAAAGAGAAGGAAAAGGCAAAUACGGCGGAGCAAUCAUCUGGAUCUGACUUUGAGGAGGAACAGAGACAUAUUGCAUCGGAACAUGUACAUAUUUCCAGGCCUCUUGCUAAAUGCAUUCAAGCUUACCUUGUGUUGGAACCUAAUAAGACCAAAACAACAAUCAUCAUUGAUUCCGGAGCAAUAUUUCACAUGGUCCCUCACUGCUCCUGGUUUGAGCCAGGAACAUACCAUGUUCUGAAUCCUCCAAGGACAAUCAGUUUUGGGGAUGAAUUCUCUGUAAAUGCCAUUGAAAUUGGAAUAGUAAUCCUACAAGCAACUGUUGGCAAAAAGGACUAA